AUGAGUUUUGCCGAGGCUAGCGAUGAGAAGGAUAAGCAAAGUGUGUUGCAAAAUGUGAAGUGGGCAAUGCAAGACAACGUGCUAUCAAUAUAUACUUUCGUUAUUUUCAGAUCAUUGCUAGAACUUUGUCAUUUUCCACCUACUCGACGUUUCAAUCCGCCUCUUCCGCAAGACCAGUUGCUCUCGUUCUACAUAUCCAGCUGCAGACUAGUUUGUGCUUCUUACCAUAUGGUGCCUAAGCAAAGCGCGCCACAAGGAUUAUCAAUCACAAUGGCGGAAUGUCAGUUACCAUAUUUGGAAGAAGUACUGCAACAGUUGAACUUGGCACUAACGCAUAUUGAGAGAUUGAUAGGGAACCUGGAAAUGUGUCAGCCACAUAAUCUGCGUUAA